GACACGAGCUUUUCUUUCAUUUGCCAAAGAUAGUGUAAUAUAUUCAACCAUAGAAAAUGACUACAUUGAAUGGAACUGUGGUUUUGGUGCACAAUAGUGCAUUGAACUUCAAUGUUGUUGGUAAUGCCGUUCCUCCUUCCUUCUUGGACACUUCGGUGGCUUUCAAGUUGAUUAGUGAUUCCAACGCUGAUGGAACUGGAAAAGGAAAAGUGGGAAAGAAAGCAUUUUUGGAUGGUCUUCUUACCUCCAUACCCACAUUGGGAGACAAAAAAUCUACUUUUAGAAUUCAUUUUGAAUGGCACAAUGAUGACAUGGGAAUUCCAGGAGCAUUUUAUGUUGAGAAUUUCAUGGAACAUGAAUUCUUCCUUGUGAGCUUGUCCCUUGAAGAUGUUCCCAAUCAUGGACCCUUACACUUUAUUUGCAACUCAUGGGUUUACAAUACUGAAAAGUACAAAACUCACCGCAUCUUCUUUGCCAACAAGACAUACAUUCCAAUUAAAACACCAGAUCCAUUAGUGUAUUAUAGACAAGAAGAAUUGAAGACUUUAAGAGGAGAUGGAACUGGAGAACGCCAGGUAUGGGAAAGAAUAUAUGAUUACGAUGUCUACAAUGAUUUGGGUGAGCCAGAUAAAAAUCCUGCCUUGGCUCGUCCGGUUCUUGGAGGAUCAAGCACAUUGCCUUACCCUCGAAGGUGCAGAACAGGCAGAAAACCAACUCAGACAGAUCCAAAUAGUGAGAGUCGUCGGGACGACGGCUAUGUUUAUAUUCCAAGAGAUGAAUUACUUGGCUUUCAGAAAUUGCCAGAAGAAAAUCGUAAAUUACUUGGCCCUGGGAAAUUGUCACCAAAUGAUGAAUUACUUGUCCCCCAGAAAUCACCAGCAAGAGUUGAAUUACUUAACCUCAAUAUAUCGUUAGUAAGAGAUGAAUUAUUUAACCUCAAGAUAUCGUCAGAUGUUCUUAUUAACACACACAAUUUAGCAUGUCAAUAUGACACACCUCAAUGUCUUUCGGAAAAAAAAAUAAAAAAUGCCACAACUCAAUUAGAAGACAAUCCACCCGAAUUUAACACCUUUCAAGAUGUGCUCUCACUUUUCCAUGGAAAACAACCAAAUGUUUAUCCAUUACCAAAAGUGAUUCAAGAGGAUACUUCUGCAUGGAUGACUGAUGAGGAAUUUACGAGAGAGAUGAUUGCUGGUGUGAAUCCAAACGUCAUUAGAAAACUUGAGGAAUUUCCACCAAAGAGCAAGGUAGAUAUCCAACUCUAUGGUGAUAAUACCACCACAAUAACCGAAGAAGACUUGAAGUUGAAGCCAUACAUGGGCGGGAAAACUGUAGAACAGGCUAUCCAAGACAAUAAAUUGUACAUACUUGAUCACCACGAUGCAAUCUUUCCAUAUUUGAGGAAAUUAAACGAUACUGGUGCAAAAGCUUAUGCUACAAGGACCAUUCUCUAUUUGCAAGAUGAUGGAACUUUAAAGCCAUUGGCCAUUGAGCUAAGUAAGCCACAUCCUCAAGGUGAUAGUUUUGGUCCUGUUAGUAAUGUUUACUUGCCUGCAACUGAAGGUGUUGAAGCUUCAAUUUGGCUUCUUGCCAAGGCUUACGUUGUUGUAAAUGACUCGUGUUAUCACCAACUUAUUAGCCAUUGGUUGAACACUCAUGCUACUGUUGAACCAUUCAUCAUAGCAACAAAUAGGCAUCUUAGUGUGGUUCAUCCUAUUCACAAACUCUUACUUCCACACUAUCGUAACACAAUGAAUAUCAAUGCGAAUGCACGAAUUAGAUUGAUCAACGCAGAGGGUACUAUAGAGUCGGUAUAUAUGUUUGGAGAUUAUUCAAUGCAAUUUUCUUCUGAUGUUUACAAGCAUUGGGUUUUCCAAGAGGAAGGACUGCCUAAUGAUCUAAUUAAAAGGGGAGUGGCUGUUGAGGAUGAAACUAAACCACACGGCAUUCGUCUUUUGAUAGAGGAUUAUCCUUAUGCUUCUGAUGGACUAGAGAUAUGGGCUGCUAUCAAGUCAUGGGUUAAAGAAUAUGUGAAUUUCUACUACGAGUCAGAUGCAGAUAUUGAACAAGAUUCUGAACUCCAAGCAUUCUGGAAAGAGCUUGUAGAGGUGGGUCACGGUGACUUGAAGGAUUCUACAUGGUGGCAUAAGAUGGAAAAGCUUACGGAUUUGAUUGAAACUUGUACUAUCCUCAUAUGGAUUGCUUCAGCACUUCACGCAGCUAUUAAUUUUGGACAAUAUCCCUACGGAGGUUACAUCCUUAACCGACCAACUAAGAGCAGAAGAUUCAUGCCUGAGGAUGAUGAACUUGCUAAGGACUACGAGAAGGCAUAUUUGAGGACAAUCACACCAAUGACUGAAACCAUUAGGAACAUGCAAGUUAUGGGGGUAUUGUCAGCACAUGUGUCAAAUGAGCAAUACCUCGGACAAAGAAUCGAAGGUGAUCUUUGGACAUCAGAAGCCGCACCAGUAGAGGCCUACAACAAGUUUGGAAGGAAAUUGGCUGAAAUUGAGGAAGAGCUCAUUAAAAGGAACAAAGACGAGUCAUUAAGAAACCGGAAUGGACCUGUGAAGAUGCCAUACACUGUCCUUCAUCCUUCUAGCGAGGGAGGAGUGACUUUCAGAGGCAUUCCCAACAGUAUCUCCAUCUAAAAUGUUGUUGUGUUGUUUGCUGCUUUGAAUAAGAGAUGAGAAGAAAUUCCAUUUACCUCACCUCCUAUGUAUGGUCAUGUUUUUAUGUGUGUGUUUGUUUGAUUGCAAUCAGGAUAUAAGUAUAACACCAUUUCUAGAGUAUCCUUUGGCAAAUGUGAGAAAAGCUUGUGUUUUGUAGCAAUCAGGAUAUAACACCAUUUCAAGCCGGUUUUUUAUGGACUCUGACUAAUAUGUAUUAUAAAAUAAUUUCUAAAAUUUCAAAAUAAUUUUCUUGAAGAAAUAAAGAAAUAAUAUAAUAAAAGCGCCAUAUAAAACAAAUGAUCGUAAAAAACAAUUCCUAUGAGUCGUUAUAGAUGUAAAUUCACUAAUAAUUUAUUUUUUCGAGUUUAAUGGAUCCCUAAAUUUUUUGGACCUUGAAUGGUCAUCCUCUAAA